AACAAUGCGUAAAAAUAAAAACAACCUUGACAUUCAAUACUAGACUGUUCAGCACAUAGACAUCAGCUGAACAAAACGAAUUCGAAAGUCAAAGGAUGUCUAAGAAGAAGGUUUGUGUAAUUGGAGCAGGUACAUCUGGGUUAGCGGCCGUCAAAUGGUGUCUGCAGGAAGGGUUAGAUGUCAUCUGUUACGACAAACGUCCGUUGAUAGGUGGAUUGUGGAGUUUAGAAGAUGAGGAUUCCCGCAAAGAUGCGAAUAAUCCAGUUGAUAUUCAAUGUAGACCUUAUGCAUCAUGCAUUACUAAUGACAACAAGGAGGUGAUUUCAUAUUCGGACUUUAGAUUUCCAAAGGAUGCACCCAUGUAUCUAUCAGCAAAAAGAAUGGGAAAAUACUAUGAAGAUUACGCCGAUACAUUUAAGUUGAAACCACAUAUCAAACUGAAUACGCAAGUAGUGAAGGUGAAGCGUGGUAGUGAUGGUUCUGGAUGGGCUGUAACAACGAAGACCAUUGGGCAUACAGAUGGUAAAAACAUCACUGCGUAUGUCGAUGCUGUUGUUGUUUGCACUGGACAUUACCAUCGACAGUACAUCCCAAAAAUCAACGGCUUGAGUUCUUUCAAGGGGCAGGUGAUACACGCUGGAGAUUAUUUCAGGCCUGAAGAAUUCAGAGGAAAAAAUGUACUUAUAAUUGGUGGGAGUAAUUCAGCUUCAGAGAUAGCUUGUGACAUAAGCAGGGAAUCUAACCAGGCUUACCUGAGUGCACGACAUGGUCUCUGGCCACUGACACGUCUUACUGGCGGAGUCCCCAGUCAGCUAAUGCCUAUAUGGUCAAGAUACGCCACUAUGCGCUAUGAUUUGAGGAAGUUUGACAAAAUAUUCGGGCCAGGCAUUCGUCAACGAUUUAACUUUAAAGAAUAUAGCAUGGAACCAAAACGUGGCUUGCUGCAAAUGGCUGUAGCGAUUUGCGAUGACAUUGAAUUCCGAAUAUCAGCUGGAGCGUUGAAGAUGAAAGGAGGUGUAAAGGAGAUAACAGAGACUGGAGUGAAGUUUGAAGAUGGCAGUCAAAUUGAUGACAUUGAUGCUAUUGUGUUUGCCACUGGCUACAGGCCUUGUAUUGACUUUUUGGAAGAUCCUAUCGUUUCAAGAGGAAUAGAGGCUAUGGAUAUGUACAAACACAUAAUUCCAGUAGAAGAUGAAUCGCAUUCUCUGUUUUUCAUUGGACAAUUUGACAUGCUUGGAGCAACAACCGCUUGCUUCGAACUUCAGGCACGCGUGGUAGUGAGAAUUAUUGCUGAAAAAUUAGAACUACCACCAAAGGAGAUUAUGAAGAAACGUGAUGAAGAAGACCUGAGAAAGAUCAAGGCUAACUUCCAAGAGGUGGAAUACAACAACAGAAUGGAAUUUUAUCCAAAGUAUAUUGAGAGUAUCGCUGACGUACUUGAUGUCAGACCAACACCUUGGAGGAUAUUUCUCCUCUAUUUCACAGAUCCAAAACUUGCACACCAGCUCCUCUUCGGGUUUCCGCUCGCUCCUGUCUUUAGACUUUAUGGACCUCAUUCAAAUUGGGAUGAAGCAAGAAAAUAUAUUAUGGAGAGUGAGGACAACCUGAUGAGACCACUGAGAACCGUACAAUAUGCCAAUGAAACAAAGGGGUUUCUCAAUAAAGGAACUAUUUGUGCUGCAAGUAUUGCGACGGCACUGAUUGCGACGUUUGUCUGGCAUAGAAUCUUCCAUACUUAA